UCCCCAGGUGCGGCUCCUAGUCACAGGGUUGGGUUUUAAACUCCUUUAUGUCACACACGACGUGCAAAAAAAAAAAACAGAUACAUGAUCAUGAUGAUAUUCUGGGUUGCUGUUUAACGCGACUUUGAAUAUACGCCGAGCGAUUUCCACGGAAACGAAACCAAAGGAACAGAGGACAGUGAGUGACACUUAGCCGACUGAGCGCAGGAUCCGAGAAAUAAAACAUCAUCUACAGAACCACACACCUCAAAAUGGACCCGGGGAGGAGAACCAACCCGAGUUACCUGAAGUACCCUGCACAUGAUUCUAGAGGCGCAGAAAGCCAAGAAGCGACAGAAGAGCAGGCGGACGGCAGCGAGAGCGCGAGCGCGAGCGCUCCGGCACACGAGCGCAGCGAAACAAACCACCAGCAGCCGAACUAUGCUGGAGGAUAUACCGUGAUACCACCAAAUGAAUCAAGAAGAACCAAGCUGCAGAGAAUGGUGCAGAAGGAAGAGGAGGACCUGCAGAGGUGGAGAGAGACACACAGAGCUGGACCUAUUAACUUGUCUCCAGCAAGGCUAGGCGGAGCUGUAUCUUUGGCUGAAGCCAGACAAAAGCAGUUUGUAGAUUUACGACAAUCGAAACUCCGGAAAAAGCUGAAACAAGAGGACAUGGAGAGGAAAAUGAGGGAAGCUGCUGAAGAAGAGGUUAGAAAGAUGAAAGCCAUACAACGUGAAAAGGCAAUAAAACUUGAAGAAAAGAAAAAACUGGAAGAACAAAAAAGAAGGGAACAAUAUCGGCAAGAUCAUCAAGUGAAAACUCAACAGUUCCUUCAAAGGUUUGAGAGGUCAUUCCCAAUGGCAGCAAGCAGCUCCUUGCCAACGUCAUCAUGGGGCAGGGCAAGAGAGCACCGGGAGGCCCAGAGAGCAGAGGAGGAGGGAUUCCUAAUGCAGAUGAAGGAGGAACAGAGGAGGAAGAGUGAAAUCCUUGAGGAAAAACAAAAACAACUGGAAGAACAACGAGAGAGGGAUGUGGAUGCUGAACGAAGACGGGUGAAUGCAACCUUCCUCGACAGGCUUCAGGGCAAAAAUGAAUCCAGCAAGGAGGUGCAGCCUCCUCACUUGCCUUUGGAAGAGUUGGAUGUUAGAGAUCUUCAGUCUUGUGAAUUUCAGAUUCCUACCACAUCUUCAAGACCCCAUCUACACCAGGUCCCUGUCACACUCCCUCAGCUAGACCCUCCACAGGUCCAGAGAGACAAAGCAAAAGGGGAAGAAACUGAUCACGAAUGGGCCGUGAUGAAACUCCUUAUUCGUUUCCCCAGCUGUGAACGAGAAUUCCUGCAGGACAUUGUGGCUCAGUGUAAUGGUGACUACCAGCAAGCCUGUAGUCUACUUGAAUAAAUGGAGCCUCAGCUUGCCCCAAGUUUAAAAUGAGCCUGGACUCAGCAUGCAUGAUCAAGCAUUAAAUAUAAUGCAAUGAAAUACAUUAUGUUCUUUUGGUUACUAUAAUGUAUAAUUAUAUUAAAAAUGGAGUGUGCUACAUGACUCAUAUUUAAUUGUGGUUAAGAAACGAACUGAGUGAAAGGUUAGAAGUUCAAAUGCUUGGCAGGAUCUUUGGGAACUGCAAAGAAUUGCUUCAGUUCACAAGUAGUUGUAGUGUAUAAACUGUAGAAGUAUAUGUAACAUGUUUUAGCUUAAUUCCCAGUGUAUGACAUUAAGUGUGAUAUAACACUGUAGUGUUCUUUAUAGUAAUG